CUUCCUACUAGACUUGGUGCGAAUCUUUGACAGGCUACUGCAAUUGUGGCUCCCUUCUCGUUUCUAGCGCCGCAUAAUAAAGCUGCCAGAGGUGUGUGGGAAGGGGUACAGAAAACUGGAAUGUCUGUUGAUCGGGAAAGCUGGGGACCACCAAGGCAGGAGCCGCUCCCUGGGAGAAGCCAGCCCUGCGAGCGGCUUGUAGCGAGUCCCCCAAAGACGGCUCCUUGAAGUGUUCAAAGCUUAGCAUCCCUUGGUCCUCACGAAGAUUACGCAUUGGCAGUCACGCUGCUGAAUGUUUGCAAUGCCAGGGCCCCCAGUUGGAAAGCAGUCGUUCGAAACUCCGCCGCUCAGCUUCCGCAGGAAGCAUGUGCGGCGGCGCCUCUGCUGACAUGUGCGAUGACGUUAGCUUGUUGCAAAGCAAAAUGCAUGCAUGCAGGGGGGUUUUGGGGCCUGGGAAGGCGGCCAUCACCUCCGUUCCGACAGUAGCGUGUGUGUUUCUUCUGCUGUGGUGGAGCAACUCCCUGCAGAGCCUGAAGCUUACGACGCAUAGUCUUAUGUCAACUAUGCAACAGAUGGUGUACGAGACACCAGAAUCAGCGGCAGUGCAGGAGCAUGUGAUCACCUGGGAGAACAUAGAUAGCGUGCUCGGCAACAUCAGCAACGAUCAUCGGGAGCUUAUCAUCACCACAAUCUCCGGCCAGUACGAAGACGAAGACGUCGAGCGCCGAUACGGCAUGACGGCGUGGAAUCUCAACUGGGUGGGCCACUUGCGGCGGCAGAACAUAUCCAACUUUUUGAUCGUGGGGACCGAUGAGCUCGCGUGCGAGAUGACGCGCGAGGUGGGGAUUCCCUGCUACGAAGACGAGCUGGGGUGGAUGCCAGACGCCAAGUUUUACAGGGGAAGGCAGGUGGGGUUAAAGUGGUUCUACCUCCAGCAGAUUGUGGCCCGCGGUUACCACCCCAUCUUUUUGGACAAUGACGCCGUCGUGCUCCAGGAUCCAUUCCAGCAUUGGGACAGGGCGUUCGACAUUCAGGGGCUGUACGACAUGAACGGCGGGCUCGAGCCGGCGGAGGUGUCGGACUACCACAACGAGAGCGGCGCCAUUUGUCCGCUGGUGACGUUGGGCGACUAUUUCACCAACUGGCCGUGCAUGAGCACGGGCGUCAUGUUCGUGCGCGCGACGCGCGCAAGCUACGCCGCGAUAUCGGCUAUGGUCUUCCACCUCUCCCGGCAGCCCGGCUUCUGGGAGCAGGCCAUGUGGCAGACGGAGGUCCUCCCGUUUCUCUCUGCCGACGAGCGCCGCCGGCGCUUCGUCUUCCCCCCCCGCCGUGCGCUGCUGGACGCACCCCCCCCUCGCGAGCGGCGGCGCAAGCUGGCGGGACUCAAGUUCCGGCUGCUGCCGCUGGAGAAGUUCCACAAUGUGAAUACGCUCAGGGCGCGCCGGAGGCUGGGCCUGCCGGUGGACAGCGUAAUUGUGCACUGCGGGUAUAUCCACGGUCUUGAUAAGAUAAUCCACCUUCGGGCCUUGCGACUCUGGCUUUUGCCCAUUGACAGCACAUUGUAUACAAGAACACAAAAGCAUAAAUAAGGGUAACGAAAGCUCGACUUCAUACUGCUGCGUCAGCUCCGCGUUCAGAAAUAUGGAUAGGAUUGCUUGGGCACUCUGAUUUUAGUAGCCGCGCGGCCGCCAAUCUUGCCAGCAUUUUUAUAUUUUACACAUAGGAAGAACAGUGUAUACAAGUUCACCGCACUACGUCCAACUAAUCGGGUUCCGGGGGCAAUUCGGCCACAUGCGAACGAGAUCUAGCAGCGACUAAAACUGCCUAUAGGCCAAACGCUUCGACAAUAAGUACAGCUGCGCUUGCCUGAGGUGCGGCCCAAGAAAGGAUAAAGCAAUGUACAAUAUAAGGACAAUGUUAACUUUUCGUGUCACUAUAUGAGUCAGGGAUCAAGGAUGGGCACCCGGGCGCUAAUUGGUCUCCCAUGGUACAUACGAUACACGUCUGCAGUCACUCCAAUAUGGUAUACGCGGUCACAGCUAGAUAGAAGACACGGCG